UACCGGGAUGAGAGAGAGAUGCAGAUUUCAGUUCUGAGCAUAAUAUUCUCGGUUCAGUUGUUCUGACAUAAUUUUAAAGCACUUUAACAAAAAAGGAGAUAUUUCAUUUAUUUAGUGUUUCGGAAUCACUCUACAAAUUCUCUGCGAACCCACGACAUUCGACUUCUCUCAGAACUAUGAGUGAGAACAGUUCAUCUAAUCCUCCCAACAGCACCCAGGGGCCCGCCACAGACAAAAAAGCCCCCCAGGAGAAACCGGUGGACAAAGCAGGGAAGAACCCUACACAAGAACCUGAAGAAGAGAUCGACAUUGAUCUGGAUGCGCCAGAGACAGAAAAGGCAGCUUUGGCAAUACAGAAUCAGUUCAGACGCUUCCAGAAAAAAAAGAAGUAAAAAAGGGAAGAAUGAAUGAAAGAAUCAGUGCAGAGGAUAAAAACACCUUCCACAAUAUUCAAAAUGGAAAGAGAUUUAAUAAGGAAUAGAUAGGGAAAAGGGAAAAGUCAAGUGUGGGUGGGAAAUUAGGGGUUUGGAAAACAAAUGAUAGCCCAGUAGCAUCAGCAUGCUGGGUUGAUUAGAGUUUAAGACAUAAGAACAGGGGAGGAUUCUCACUUGAGGUUUUGUUCUUGUUGUAUUUGUCUAGAUUUGUCUUCAUCCUUUCUCUCCUCUCCUGUAGACAUAAAUAUAGGUAGGAGCAUCAGUUACUGACGUGCAACAUUAUCUAUUAUUUAAUAUAUUCAGAAUACAAUGAUGCAACAGAACAACAGAACAAAUCAAAAGCUGUAUGAGUUAAUAUUAUUUGAAGGAUCUAAACAUUAAUUAACGGUUGGGUUUUUAAACUAAUGUUAACAAAGAUUAAUAAAUACAGUAACAAAGGAACUGCUCACUGUUAAUGUAAUUUAAUGCAUUAUUGUAAACCUAAUUGUAAGGUAUUACCGGAAUUUCUAUAUAUCAACAGCAGACCAUAAGAUUAGUUGAUUAAAAAAAAAAGCUAUAUUAACCUGACAUAACCUAACAGAAGGAUUAGCAAUAGCCAUAUCUUGCAUAUUUCUGCAAUGUGGACAAGGAUUUAAUCAAGACACCGUAUAAAAUUAUGUAGUUUGAUAUUGUCAAUUGUAUCCCUAUAUUAAACUAGGCAAAUAGCCUUGAAAUACAAGUGAAACAGGCACAGUUUAACAUUUUUGUUCAGUUUACUGUAUUUUACCGGCUGGUUGAAUUUAGCACAAGGUCAAGAACCUUUUUAAAGCUCGUCAAACUCACUAAAAUUAGCUUAAUGCCUUUUGCUUUAAAUCCAGAAUUUACCAACAUGCAACAAGACCCUUGAAUUAUUGGGAACUGGUGAUUCAAAUGGAGAUGAUUAUCAAGGAAAGUGUAACAUUUUGAUCUAUUUUAAGUGUCUUUCUCGUUCUCCUUCCCCUAUAAUUAAAACAGUCUCUACAGAUAUCUCAGAAUAGCUGAUAUUAAUGAGAGCAGUCUAUAGACGCUCAAGAUGAUCUCACAGUUAAUGGGACAAAUGAUGUCUGUAAUUGCAUUGAGACAGGCCUUAUGAAAAUGUCAUUUGUCUUUUAUUGUUCUCAAAUAGUCACUGACAAUGCAAUAACUGAAUACAUCUGUUAUGAUUCUGUACGUAUUAUAUGAAGUGUGACACAUUUUAUUGUUGAACAGUUAGAACAGACGAAAUCUGUCCUGUAUUGCCCUGUACUUCUUUUCCUGUGUGUGUGUGCUUAUGUCUACUUCAGUGCUCUAACCCAUACUUAUUUCUUUUUUCUCUGUGCGACUCAAAUAUAUGCUUCAGUAAAAAGAACUGUAUGUCCUGA